AGGAAUAGCAGUUUGAUCAGGAUCUAUCUCAACCUUAACAUCUUCAUCCUCUCUUUCUACUCUUCUCACUAGCCGAACACUGCAGCAUGACAAACAAAGUCAUAUCGUCCGUGACAACCCAGGCGGGCAGUACAUACCGCAAUGACAAGGAUGUGGUCAACGAACAACAGACUGGUUCAAGUCCGAUUCGGUGCAUGGGGCCCUACCAGGUCUCAGGAUCGAUCUGGCUGACUCAAGUUUGGCGCUCGGAUGCACUGGAGCUGUACCGGGUUCUGAACAUCGACAAGAGCAUCUACGAGGGGCUGUAUUCCAGCAACAUGACCUUUCCCUACCCCAAGGCUGGCGCUGUCUCGUUUACAGAGCGACAUGAGAGACGGCGAAUGGAGAAGGGUGUUGCCACCAGCUGGGCUAUUCGCACCUCCAUCGAUGGCCCUAUAAUCGGAUUGAUUGCACUAGAUCCAUUCGACCACGGAGACGACAUCGGACCCUGCUUUGCUUCAAAUUGUACAGACAUUGGAAGAAGCAGGGCCCUGAACUGUGGUGGCCUCGGGUACUGGGUCUCGUCGGAGCAUACAGGCAAGGGCGUGAUGAAACAGGUGCUGGUGUAUGCGCUCGAGCGUAUCGCAUACGACGAACUUGGAUACGAGCGGGUGCAUGGCGAGGCCUGGGUUGAGAACGUGGGCAGCCGGCGGGUGAUGGAGCACGCGGGGAUGGAGCGGACAGUCGGGGUGCCGUGUUUCGUGCCAAAGUUCAAUGCAACGAAGGACACCGCGCACUACAUUGUGGAUCUGCCACGCGAGCGGAGAGAGACCUGAUAGAGGGGAAUGACAGUGGGGUUUCUAUAGACAAAUCAAAGUUUGCUUGUUGCAUGCAAUUGACCAAUCAGAGAAAGGCAUUGACAUAUGCCAGACCCGUCCAUUUGGAUUUCUUCGUUGACUCAAAUGCUUCCAUGAUUCCACAUCACCCCGGCACACGC